GUAAAAGAGUAAACCAGCGUUAACUGUAAGGAGAAUUAGUUUGAAGAAAUUUGAGUCAUACAUCCUACAUGCACAGCGAAGAGGAAAGAAUGCUCGGCCACCUCUCCACUAACUGCAUGUACAAUAAACUUCAUCGGUUGUCUUUCCUUGUCCAUUUCUUAUCCUCCACUUCUCAACUCCUCCCAUUCACUCAAAUUCCCCAAACAUCUGGUCUUUUUGGUUUUGCUCCAAAACUGAAUACAGCAGAAAAGCCUGAGGGGGAGAGAGCGCAGGGAGGGAGAGGAGAGGGGGGGCAAGACGGAAGGUAUGUGAAGAAAAGAGAGGAAAAUAUUGUAAAAGCAACACGAAGAAAGAGAAAGAGGGGCAAGGUCAAAGUAUGGCGUUGUUUCCCUUCUGCAAGACGCCCACAGGACCGGUCAGAGUGACCAGAAUACAACUGGUCCUGUACUGUUUUCUCCUGUCUCUUAUCAUAUAUUUUCUCCAUGGACGUAAGGCAGCUGCCGGUGUGAAGCCGUCUCAUCCCAUCUUUAAUGCCAUGGGAUUGGACAGAGGAAGCGUUAUAACAGACAUGAUGGUCGUCAAAGCAGCGGUGCCACAAACUCCUGUGGAGACACCAUGGGGCGCUCCUUUAGUGUGGGGGGACACCCGCAACUCCGCCUGGCGCAGAGCUAAAUUGGCCCAAGGUGGAAUCCGCACAGGUCUGCUGGUACUGAUGGUGGGAACGUACAGCCACUUCAUGCCACGUUUCCUCUCCUCAGCUGAAACCCACUUCCUCCCUGGUCAGAUGGUCACCUACUACAUCCUCACAGACAGACCCCAUUCUCUGGACCCCCCUGUCAAGUUGGGGCCUGAACGACAGCUGAAGGUGUUACCCAUCGCAGAGCUGCCCGGGUGGGAAAGGCUGGCCUAUCGUCGCAUGGCCCUGGUCUCCGACGCCAUCAGAGACGAAAUCGGCAGCGAGGUUGAAUACAUCUUCUGCGCUGACAUUGACCAGGAGUUUGUGGCCCCCGUGGGGGAGGAGAUCCUCGGAGACCUGGUGGCCACAUUGCACCCAGAGCUCUAUGGGAUGCCUCGAAAUGCAUUUCCUUACGAGAUCGAAGAGGACUCGUCUGCUUGUGUGGAUGAGGACGAAGGGGACUACUACUACACCUCGGAACUGUACGGUGGGUCGGUGUCUGAGAUGUACAGAAUGUCCCGCGCCUGUUCCAUGCUCAUUUUCCAAGACCAGGCAAAUGGGGUGGUGGCGAGGGGCCUCGAGGAGAGCUACCUGAACCGCUACCUGAUCGACCACAGGCCGACCAGUGUGCUGUCUCCAGAGUACAGCUGGUGGGACUCGGCCCUGGCUGCUGACGUGCCUGUACAGAGGCUGGUCUCUUUGGGAAGACAAUGUGAGUCUUAUGAUAAACAGACGAGAGAGGAGAGGAGAUGCUGAGUAAUCGGUGGGUUGCGCUGGCUCAAUCCACCAAAGUAUCUCGCAUAUAUAUGAACAACCUAUGUUUUACAUUUCAUUUGGAUAAGGCUCCUGGUAAGACAAGCAAGCAGUUAUAAAAGAAAACACAUAUUCCAAUUAAAUGUUCUGUUCUUUAAAUGCAGUCUGCAAACAGACAGAUGCAAACUGUAAAACAUUCUCUCAAUUAAAGGCCCAUUUGUGUGAACAGCACCUCUGUGUGGCUGCUCUAUCUCCCACUGCAGACAAAACAACAAAUUGACCUGUCUCUUUAAACCAAGCACUGUCCUCUCCAUUAAUGUCAGCCCAGGAGAUACUGCUCCGGCAGCUUUGUGGUCAGCAGCGAUAAGAGUCAACAGUGUGAGUGCACACUUUCCCCACAGUGGCCAAUCAUUAACUGGAUGGGCUGCUGUUUCAAGGUCUUUAAAUGCCAGGUGGGGACAGAAUGGAUACAACAAGAUGCUGCUGCUGUCGGGUUACAUGAGCAGAAGCUGCCAUGUUAGAAGAUCAGCAGACGGAGGAAUCUGGUUCAGGAUGUGCUGAAGUAAUUUCCCAUGGAAAAUUAUUGUUUCCCCCCAUUAUGAAUUGGAGUAAAAUAAGUAAAACUCAUAUGUCCUGAUUUCAGUGGUUGUUAUGUUGUCAGCCGUCUUCUUCCUCUCCCACACACACACACACACACACACACACAAACCCGCUCCCACGUUCACACUGCUUUCUCUUCCUUGUGUGCUGUUUUUUUAAUGGGAGGGUUAAGCAGCAGCAGAUGGCUUUUUCUCACUGCCAGAGAGAAUCUGUCCUCAGGGCCAGAUCGCCACGUUGAGUGAAGUUGGAGGUGAACUUCAGAAAAUCCUCAGAAGUCAAUUUUCCUUCUUUUCUUUUCUUUUUUCACUGAAACCUAAAUGAUCAUUGGUUUGCUACAUACUUGUGUUUCAAUUUACCAAUUCAUCUGAUUUCUAUUCAAAUGUAAACUAUAUUUGCCUAAAGAAUAAAAAGGUCCAUGAUAUAACA